AUGGCUCCCAAGAUUGCCAUCGUCUACUACUCGAUGUACGGCCACAUCAAGCAGCUGGCCGAAGCCGAGAAGGCUGGAAUCGAGAAGGCCGGUGGCACGGCCGACCUGUUCCAGAUUGAGGAGACGCUCUCGCAGGACGUCCUCGCCAAGAUGGGGGCUCCCGCAAAGCCCACCGACGUUACUGUCCUCAGCGAUCCUACGACUCUUGAGGGAUACGAUGGUUUCCUCUUUGGCAUCCCCACUCGUUUCGGAAACUUCCCUGGGCAAUGGAAGGCCUUCCUCGACAAGAUGGGCAAGCAGUGGGCUACGGGUGGGUUCUACGGCAAGUACGCCGGUAUCUUCAUCUCUACCGCCUCGCAGGGUGGCGGUCAGGAGUCAACGGCUAUCGCUGCCAUGUCGACCUUUGCCCACCACGGCAUCAUCUACGUCCCCCUGGGAUACACCAAGUGCUUUGGCAUCCAGACCGACCUGAGUGAGGCUCGCGGAGGAUCCCCGUGGGGAGCCGGCACUUUUGCUGGUGGCGACGGAUCAAGGCAGCCUUCCGAGAAGGAGCUCGAGCUCGCCAGGAUCCAGGGCGAGGAGUUCUAUAACCACGUGUCCAAGGCUACCAACUGA